AUAUUGCUACAAAAAACAUAGCCAUGGAGGUGCCUAGGCUAGACUAUAUUGUUCAUUCAUUUGUAGUGCGCGUGUUGCUCUGACUCCCCUCGGAUAUGAGUGGCAGGUAUGAGCAGCUCAGCACUCACGCUGAUGAAAUUACUGCAAAUGAUGAUACAGAUGACGCAACUGCAGCAUCUCCCUGCCACAAUGGUCCAUCACAGCAUGGCCUUGGUAACAGCGCUAGUGGAACUUCUCGUCAGGUGCUUUCAUGCAUUAAGAUUUCAUCUCGAAGCUUGGCAUCCAAUGCAGGAAAGUACAAAUCUUGCACUGUCAACAAUGCACCUGAUUUGCAACCCAAACCAGAUGGAAGGAAGACUGAUGGAAAGCCACAUUCAAGGUCUAGUACAGAUUUUUCUAUCAUAGAGAAUCCUGUAUCUGAGUUGGACUCUCCAAGGCUAACCAAAGAAGAACCUGAAGUGAAGUUGCUUGAUGAUGCUCAUCUGAGUUUUGAUUUGGAAACACAAGUUGAUCAACUAAGUGUUGCAGAGUGUCCAGGAAUGGGGCCUAGCCAUGCAUCUUUGUUACAAAAUAACCAGGAAAUCUUCAACAAGUCCAGUAGUUUUCAAGCAGGUUCAUACUCUGGAAAUGGUAUUGAUUCUGAUCCAAUAACAUCAGAAUAUGAUAAGUCAUCACGAAAUGAUUUUGAGAUGCAGUCUUCUCAUUCCUUCAGUGCCUCAAGCAAGUGUUUUCCAAUUGAAGAAUCAGAUGAUUCUCAAAUCUGUGCUGGUGACCUCCUAUCUUCUUCUUCCAAUUCUGAGUCUUUUAAUUUCAAUGAACCUUCAACUGAAUCAAAAAAAUUGACUGAAGCAUUUGAUCUUCAAAAUCAAUGCAUAGAUGAGCAGACGAAUAUCCAAGCCAACUUACUUGCUCAUUUUGAUAGUUACUCUGAUUAUAUGUUCAAGAGUUCUGCUUUAGAGUCACAAAAAAUCAAGAACACGGAUAAACUUCCUGCUGGCCAUAAAAAUUUUCAAAAAUCUGGCAAUGAAAGCUCACCAUGUAUCACAGAUAUUGAUGGUAAUACAAGUUUCAAGGUCGGCAUUUCACAUGCACAGCUAGGGCAGAAAUCCAAGAGCUUGAUGAAAAGAGGAUAUGGGUGGAAAGAUUCGAGUUCCAGGAGUUUUGAAAAGCCCUUCUUCAAUGCAAAGCCUGAGUCUUCUUCCAAAUUAUUUGAACCAACAGGCAAUAAAACCCAGAAGGAUGUCCUCCUCUCAAGAUCAAGAAGUUUGUCAAGCACUUCAGAUGCACAAAUACUCAGGAGUGAAAUCCGCUCUAAAAUGCAGCACACAUCAAUGUUUGGGUCUGAGGGAAGUGUAGCAGAUUCAUCAGUUGAAGAAAAGCAUGGAUUUGCCAACUUCAUUUCAAGGCAACUAUUCACUUGGAGAAAGCAAGACUGUGAUGGAGAUAAGCUUAUUGAGUCAACUCCAGUCUCCCAAGCUACUAAAGUGCAAAAUUCAUCUUCUAUUGAGAAGUGUACUGUUCCUCAUCAAACUCCUUCAACUACAAAAGUUGCUGGCUCUUCUGUGAACAAUGGCAAAUCGACUGCCCAGAACACAAGUGAAGCCUCUACUUACUCUAGAAACCCUAAAUUGUGUGACAGCCAAAGAUCCGCAUCAUAUUCCACACUGAGCAAAAACGCUCCUUCUUCUACAAGGUCUACUCCCAACUCUCCUUGGAGAGUGUAUGAUGCUGGUAAAUCAGGCCAUGCUAACGGUGUAAAGAGUGAUGCUAACUCCUCUGUCAACACCUCACCGUCACAUGAGGCAAAUAAUAAAAAUUCAUCAGGCUGGUGGCUACUAGAAAAGUUAGGCUUUAAAAAUUCACAGAAGAGCCUCGUCACAAGCCAGCCUCUGGCAGGCACGGCAGGUCUCAUCAUGGAGUCCCGCCCUGCACAUCUGCCAGCCAAGAGUGACCAAGAGCGAAUCAUGCACGAACAGCAGCACCAACAGCUGUUACAGCAGAGCAGACGUAAAGAGAUGCACAUGCAACAACAGCAUCAACGUCUACAGCACCUCAAACUACAGCAGGAAGCGCAAAUGGCAGAAGCUGCUGCCGUCUGGACUGAUGAAAUACUACCUGAUUUUGCGGCCAAGCGAGACACUAAAAAAUGCAGAGAGUUGUGGUGGCAGGGGCUGCCCCCUAGCAUCAGAGGCAAGGUUUGGAGCCUGGCUAUCGGUAAUGCCCUCAAUGUGUCCCCUCAUCUCUAUGAAUUGCUGCAAGAAAGAAGCAAUGAAGAGCAUUUACAGCGAGAAGUGAGCAGGUUGUCGGCAAGCUCAGGUGUGUCGGUGGGUCAUCAGGUCAAUCAUUGCUGCGUCCCAGACCACCGGGAGGUGGCUGGCUGGAGGAGAUCUCCUUGUCAGACAUUCAUGCCUCAGUAUCGUAUAGCGCCUGGCACCAGCGAGGUCUCAAUGGGACCUCAGUACCACAUUACGCCUGGUAUCAAUGAGUCAUCAGUGGUACCUCAAUACCACGUCACUUCUGGCCCCAGCGAUACCUCAGCUGUGUCUCAAUACACGACCACCGGCACAAGCUCUUCCAUGGCGGCUUCUCAGUUCCAUGUUUUAUCAGGCCCGUUUGAGCCUCACGUCGUGCCGCCCUCUCCUCUGGUGCGUUGCCGAAUAACUGAUGAUUGUGCCGAUUGUUUUCAAGACCACGAGGACAGCGGCUACAGCAAUGCUAGCAGCAGUGAUAACAGCUGUGGCUUGGCUGGCACCAGUUGGUUACAGGUGGCUCAGAGUGCUGACUGCAUCUCCCUUGAUGUUUCACGUACAUUUCCACAGCUUGGGAUCUUUCAGCAGGGAGGGCCAUACCACGCGAGCUUGGACCGCGUGCUGCAGAGCUACGUGAGGUGUCGUCCCGACAUCGGGUACGUGCAGGGCAUGAGCUUCCUGGCGGCGACGCUGCUGCUCAACAUGCCCGAGAGUGACGCCUUCAUCGCCUUCGCGAACCUCCUCAGCAAGCCGUUGCUCCAGGCCUUCUUCUCUCUCCACGAGAAAAAAAUGCUGGCGUACUACCGCACGCACAGCAGCCUCGUCGCCUCCCUGCUGCCCGUUCUCCAUGCCCACCUCCAGAAACUCCAGGUGACGCCGGACUUGUACCUGCUGGACUGGGUGCUGUCGCUCUUCACUCGCUCCCUGCCCCUGGACGCCGCCUCCCGCAUCUGGGACGUCUUCAUCCGCGACGGCGACGAGUUUUUCUUCCGCGCCGCCUGUGGAGUCCUGAAGCUCUACGAGUGUGAGCUGCUGUCCCUGGAGUGUACGACCACCGCAGCGCAGUUCCUGACGCGGUUGCCCGCCAGCACCUGCCAGCAACGCCUGUUCACCGCCAUUGCGCGACUGCCACGGCCCUCGGGCAAGCGGUCGUUUUCAUCCCUGCUGGCCAAGCACGAGACCGACGCCAACACCACCAGCUGCGUCUGAUCUUAAUGCUUCUGCUCCCCAGCUGGUUUCACUGCUCGCAAGUGGAUCUUAUUUUACUCCAUGGGCGUUGUUCGGUAUUGUGCCUGCCACCGAUUUUUUCUCAUCUUACCUUAUCUCGGUUAUAUAAAUGUUGGUAAACUUCUAUGUGACGUUUCAUUCGUUAGCAAUAUACGCAUAAUUGCGAACUAACCGCAUGUUAUUCAUAGUUAACUGCAUUAUAUACCAAUGUUCCAGGUGAAUGAGUUAGUUCCUUGAAGAAUUCUGAUGUACGUUGUAAAGGUUUAAGUUGAAAGUAGUUUUUUUUUCACAUUUAUCUUGCUGAUUCUAUAGUCUAAGUACGAGGAAGUUAAGCUCAACAUCAUGUAGGUGUACACUCAAUUAGUUUGUACUAAAGAUACUCCUGCUAUGCUGCACUCGUGUCUCGGUGGUACUUUGUCUCUAUUCUUUAAAGUGAAUAUCAGGUUCACGCAAGAGUUCACCGUCCUCUGGAUUACUCAGCAGCAUUCCAGUUGCAAUAAAGAAUCUAGUGACUGAAUGGCUUAAAUUUCUUGGCAUUUUCAUCACAUCAACCAGUUGCCUUGAAUGUCGCGUUAAAAAUUUCAUCGCUCGGUUCAAUGAGCAAUUUUGGCUUCACUUAGAAGACGACAUAGAAGCAUGUUUUUAUUGCCAUUGCUUUCUGUUUCUUUGACUGACUGUUGGUGAAGCGUCGUAGGCCGAAACCGUAGUUUAGGAUGCACAAAUAUGGUCUUCAUUUUGCGGUUUCACUAAUAUUCUGUAUUUUCAACAUGAAGGCUUUUUAUGGCGAUAUCGAUGUUGCUGUAGACAUAUCACGAGAAUCUCUGUAAACUAUUUGGCUUCUUGCUCACCUAAUUUAUGUCUAUACGGUGUUAGUCUUAUGUAUAGACCAUCUGAAGCGUCUACAAAAUUUGUAUCUUAGCUUAGUCUGUUAUUUAGGUUUGGUGUCUGCCGUGUUGUCGUUCUUUUAUUAUCUUCAGCUUAUAUUUUAGACCUUGUCUAUUUUUUAUCGCUUUACGCCAUUUUCACUUGCUUCGUUAGGUUCAUCUAUACAUGUACGCCAUGAACAAUUAUCAUUAUUGCCAGGUUUUCUUAGUAAUUGUCGACUUUAGUUUGGUUGCCUGCCACCAUUUGUAAGUGACGCUUCGGUUCAAACUGAAGGUUUGUCCGAGCUAUUUAUUCCUGCAAGCUGUGCAUAUUCCUUCAGUGUUUUCUUAACGUGACUAUUUAAGAAAUACGUGACGAAAAUAUAAAUAAAUAUGAUAUUAAAAGUAUUUGUAAAUACCACGUGACGUUAACAAAAAUAAUAUAUGCUUUAAUAUGUGUUUUUGACUCGCUGGAUUUACUUCUUAUUGUUAUAUUUGUGAGGAUCUUGCUUGAAAUAUUUACCAGCUCUUCGUGUGCUAAUUUUGUUAGCAAUCUGUUAUUUGCUGAACUCUUAUAUUUCCAUUAUCUUAGCCCGUAAUAUAUUUAUUGUCUAAUAUCAAGUAGUUAUUUAACGCCUAUCAUGACUGUUGUAGUAGUUAGUAGGUGUAGAUCUAGAAGACGUUUUUAUUUUUAUACCCUCUACUCUGCGUGCUCCUUGGUCGUGUUUCUCUGUUGUCGCCAAUAAUUUAUUGCCCAUAAUCAAUUGUCUAAAAAUGUAUUGUUUUAUGUUUACAUUGAUUCCUUGUAUGUUGACUACCGCUUUCUGUCUUCUUAGGAGGCCUCAUGCAAUUCAUAUCUAAAUGCAUUAGAGUUCGGCUUGGGAUUGCUGUGCGCGCUAACACGAGUCCGACAUCCAUUACAAUGUAACCAUCCUCGACAGCAGUAUUGCUUAGUUUUAGACAAGAGCGGUUGUUAGUUCAUUCUUAUAAACAAUGCCACUUGAACUCUUAGAACCGACAAAAAAUAUUUGCUGGUAAAAAGUUAAAAUAGUGACCCUCCGAGGGUUAGUAAGUUGGAAAGUUUAUUCUCACAGAUCUGUCGUGGAGAACGUUUUUAUCUUCUAAUACGUUGUCUCGCAGUUUCGUGAAUAUUGACGUACAACUACAAUGCUGAAAAUAGACUAAUGUAAUGUUUUGCAUUGUUUUCGUGUUCAAAGCUUCACAAAUUUUAUUUUUUCAAAUAUUUAUUUAAAAUCUUCAAUGAUCCAUAUCAGGAUUACUAUUCUGCAAUAAAAACGUACUUCUCGGCGUUGGUGGCUUGGCACAUUGUUUUUGUGCAACAACCGCUGCUUUAAUAUUUAAUAGUUCUCUGCCAUUCAUCAAAUUCUGGAUCCGAUUAAUAAUGUAAUGCAUUCUUAUGAAUUGUCACAGCUAAAUUUACUUACGUGCUACUUUCACCUUCACUCGAAGUUACUUGCCGGACAGUGUAAACGAUUAAAGAACACUUGGCAUGUUUUUUACGAUGAAGUCGAUCUUCAAUACAGGAAGUGAGGAUGAACUUUUCCGUCUCGAACCGAAUCUCAUAUUGUAAGGGCUGUGUUGCAUCUUGAUGUGCUUAUGUAGUUCCUUAUUGGACGUGCAACCAUUGUAACGAGAUCAACUUUUUAUGAUAACGAUUUAACAUGUAACUGUGUCGCAAUAAGGCCUUAUUUUGAAUAUUUAUUUGUGGAGAAAAAGUCAUGUUUUCAGCUCUGCGGGUAGUUUUAAUUUCUUAGUAAAGUUUCAACGCUC